AUGUAUGAAUGUAUUACAGGAAAAAGAGGAACUGAAAUAAGUGGAUGUAUAUUAGCUGAUAGUAUGGGAUUAGGAAAAACAUUAUAAACGAUAGCUUUGAUAUGGGUACUUUUAAGAAGAAAUCCCUUUAGCAGUUGUAAGCCUUUUUUAAAUAAAGUUAUUAUUGUUACACCUGUAAGUUUACUAGGUGUGUGGAAAAAGGAAAUAAGAAAAUGGCUUGGGGAUGAGAGAUUAAUCCCUAAAAUAGCAAUAGGAAAAAGAGAAGAUGUUAUUACUACUUGUAAAGAAUUUGCAGGAAGUUAUUAAAAAGUAUUACUAAUUUCUUAUGAUUAAUUUAGAACUCAUGUAAAAAUAUUUAAUAAAAUUUGCGAUUUAUUAAUAUUUGAUGAGGGACAUAAACUUAAAAAUAUGAACAUAAAAACUUUUAAAUAAUUUGAUUUAAUUUAAUGCAAAAGAAGAAUUAUUUUAACAGGAACACCUUUAUAAAAUUCAUUAAAUGAAUUGUAUUCAUGUAUAAAAUUUGUUAAUCCUUUUAUUUUUGAAAAUGAUAAAUAAUUUAAAAGCCUUUUUUCGGAUCCUAUAAUUGCUAGUAUCAAAACUGAUGCAUCGGAAGAAAUUAUUAAAUAAGCUAAAAUGAGAAGUAAAGAGCUUUCAAAUAUUAUUUAAAAAUUUGUUUUGAGAAGAAAAGCUGAUAUUUUAGAAAAGCUACUUCCACCAAAAUAUGAAUUUUAUAUUUUUUUAAAAAUGACUGAAUUACAAAAAAUGUUAUAUUCUAAGGUUUAAUAAAAUUAUGAUUUUAAUGAAAAUUAAACUGCUGUUCUUACUUUAUUAACAUCUAUUCGUAAAAUAUUAAAUCACCCUCAAAUAUUAUAUACAGAUUAGGAAAAUAAAAAUUCUUUUGAAUUUAAAUAAUAUUUUCCUCAUGAUUUUUAAUUAAAUGACUGGGCAAAUUCUGUUAAAACCUAAUUUUUAAAAGACAUUCUUUAUUAAAUUAAAGAUUAACAAAAACUCAAAAACUAAAAAGAAAAAAUAAUUAUUGUUUCAUAUUAUACUUAAACUUUAGAUUUAAUUUAAUAGUUAAUAAAUUAGCAUGAAAGCGAGCAUUUUAAAAUAUUAAGACUUGAUGGUUCAGUGCAAAGUACUUAAAGAUAAAAAUUAAUAGAUUAGUUUCAAGAUCAAAAUUCUAAUUAUAAUAUAUUUUUAUUAUGUGCUAAAGCAGGAGGGACGGGACUUAAUCUUACGGCUGCAAAUCGAAUGAUUUUAAUGGAAGUAGAUUGGAAUCCUUCAAAUGAUCUUUAAGUAAUGGGAAGAAUAUGGAGAGAUGGAUAAACAAAAAAUGUUUAUAUAUAUAGGCUUUUUUGUACAGGUACAAUGGAAGAAAAAAUAUUGUAAAGAUAAUUUUUAAAAGAAGAUUUAAGUAGUAAUGUAAUUGAUGAAAAAUAAAUUAUAUAAUAACAUGACUAGGAUAAUUUAAAAAUGUUAUUUUAAUAUGAUAAGAAAUAUUAAGGUAAAUGCUUAACUUUUCAAGAAGAAGAAAACGAGUUCGAUUCUUUUGCUGAAAUAACACCUGAUUUUGAUUAAAAUAUGAUAAAUUAUGUUUAGUUUGUAAAAAGAAAAUAUGUCGACUAUUCUAAAACUAAUAAAGAAGAUGAUGAAAUUGAAGUAGAAAAAAAUGAGUUCCUUAAUGAAAACAUUUUUCUAGAUUAAAAUGAAAAUAAUGUAGAUUUAAAUUAAUAAUAAAUUUAAGAACAGCUUUAAUCAGAUAGUAGUGAUUUAAUAUAGGAAGAAGAACUUAUUUUAGAGUAAAUUAAGUAAGAAGAUGAAGAAUAUAUUUAAAAUUAAUAAAAAAAUUAAGAAUAAGAUGUUUAAGUUUAGAAAUUCAAAAAAAGUUAAAGUUGA